CUCGAACUAAUUUAUACAUUUCAACCCAAAAAUUCACAAAAUUGAAUAAGGAAAUUCGAAAUAAAAUUGUUUAUAGUUCUUAGAUGUUUUCUUAGUUUACGCAAAUGGAGUCGGACAAAAACAAGCUCGCAUCAAGUACUCGGCUGCUGUUCACAGUUGGCGGCUAUUUGGACACAAUGCUGAAUCAUAUACUCUGUUUCCUAGUACUGAGCGCAAUAGCUUUGUUGGUUAUCUUUGCCGUUGUCGUUGCAAUGGACGAUAUGAACAAGCUAAGGAAAAGCCAACACUUGCGCUUCGGACAGAGCGGUCUGCCGGAAAACAGCAGCGAGUCCAGCGAGACGAAAACGCCCUGCGGUCGUUGUCAUUGGCCAUCGGAUUGGUGUCGCAUUCUGUACAAUUGCGACUGGAAAGAGCCAAUAAGCAGGCAAUCGACUUCAAUACCGAACCAGGCCCAGCAACUGCAGCCAGCCGUUCCGCCGUGCUCAACCGCAGUGCUUAAUAAGUCUGACAUCAUGAAGUUUCUGGUGCACCAGCACCCACGAAAAGAUCUGGAGCAGCAGCAACAACUGCAGCCGCCUGAGGCCAACGAAGUGCUGGAGGUGCCUUUCGACUUGGAGCAACUAAGCUAAGAUCGUAAACAAAUUGCUUCUUUUUUUUGGAUAUUUUUCGGACCAAUUGCGUAUGCGGCAACCCAUCCGGUCAUUCUUGUUCAGCUAAAUUUGCUAAUGCUUGUGACGUCACUCACCAAACCGAACUGUCGGGUCGUUCCUGAUUAGUUAACACAUAUAUAUAUAUAAAUAUUACAUAUGCCACCGGGCCAAUGUCUCUCGUCAAGAUUGAGACAUAUGUUGUCCCGGGUCAACAUUUAAGCUAUAACCCCCCCAACAUUUUAUAAAUGGAUUUCCGAAUUCCCAACUAUGAGACGAGCUACAGGCAACUCUCAAAUGGCGACUAGUAUUAUUGCCUUUCCGACGCCCAGGCAUUCGUUUUUUUUUUAUUUUUAUUUUUGGCUUGAUUGACAAUGCUGAAGCUUUCUCAAUUGAAAUUCAAGGAGCAAUGACCAAGGAAUGUUGAUAAACAAGUCCGCAAUCCGCACGCAAAUUUUUAACAAAUUGACAAAUUUUAAUCGUGGAAAUACAAAAUUUUUCUGAUCCCAA